AGAGAGAGAGAGAGAGCUUAGCGGAGCCGCCGCGCCAGCGCAGAGAGGCACGGAGACACAGCAAAGAGCAUCAAGGCGACUUCUUCUGGGAAAAAAAUAAAUAAAACAAGUUUUUUAUAAAAAACAAAAAACAAAAAAACAACCACGACGUACUGUUGGGGAAAAAAACGGAGAUAUUGCUUUUCUGCUCGGACAUAAAAUGAAAGGGUUACCUGGGUGUAUGUUGGAUUUGGAGUCUUAUAUUACACCGCUGCGACUUUGACACAAGAGUUGCGCAGGAGUCUCUAGGAGUUGUCUGUUGGAGGAAUUUCAGGCUCCCAGAAUCAAACUUGAGUCGGACAUCCAGGAACCGGUCAGGCAGUGAGCUAAACUACCUACCUACUGCUCUCACUGGAAAAAAAGACGAUAAAGUACCACUACCACCAUGGAUGAGGAACAGUGCUACUACAAUGAGACCAUCGCCUUCUUCUACAACCGCAGUGGCAAGUACCUCGCUACUGACUGGAACACGGUCAGCAAGCUGGUGAUGGGCCUGGGCAUCACCGUGUGCAUCUUCAUCAUGCUCGCCAACCUUCUGGUGAUGAUCGCGAUCUAUGUCAACAGGAGAUUCCACUUCCCCAUCUACUACCUGAUGGCCAACCUGGCAGCUGCUGACUUCUUUGCUGGACUGGCAUACUUCUACUUGAUGUUCAACACAGGGCCAAACACGAGGCGUCUUACUGUUUCGACGUGGCUGCUCCGUCAAGGUUUGAUUGAUACAAGCCUGACAGCGUCUGUGGCCAACCUGCUCGCCAUCGCCAUAGAGCGCCACAUCACCGUGUUCCGAAUGCAACUACACACACGCAUGAGCAACCGGCGUGUGGUGGUUGUGAUUGUCAUAAUCUGGACCAUGUCCAUAAUCAUGGGGGCCAUCCCCAGCGUGGGCUGGAACUGUAUCUGUAGUAUUAAAUCUUGCUCCAACAUGGCGCCGCUUUACAGCAACUCCUACCUGGUCUUCUGGGCAGUGUUUAACCUGGUGACAUUUGUUGUCAUGGUGACACUGUAUGCUCACAUCUUUGUCUAUGUACGCCAGAGGACCAUGAGGAUGUCGCGGCACAGCUCUGGACCACGACGCAACCGAGACACCAUGAUGUCUCUGCUGAAAACCGUGGUGAUCGUGUUGGGUGCCUUCAUAAUCUGCUGGACUCCCGGCCUGGUCAUCCUCCUUCUCGACGUCUUCUGCGCCAGCUGCAACGUCCUCACCUAUGAAAAGUUCUUCCUGCUUCUCGCCGAGUUCAACUCAGCCAUGAACCCCAUCAUCUACUCCUACCGCGACAAGGAGAUGAGUGCCACCUUCAGGCAGAUCCUGUGCUGCCAGCGGCAGGAGAACGUCAACGGGACGGCAGCAGAGGGAUCCGACCGAUCGGCGUCGUCCAUCAACCACACGGUGCUGAGCGGCGGUCACCAUCACCACAACGAACACUCGGUGGUAUAAAGGAGGGCUGGAGAUGCAGGGGAUAUUGACUGAGGGGAGGUGAACGGCUGUACGGGAAGGUCAAGAAGAACUGUAAACAUGAUAUGAACUAAAGACAUGUGAUGAAUUUUGAGAAUGAAGAUUAUGUAGAUGGAAUUGGUGAACAGGAUGGGAUCACAAUGAAGAAGAGGAUAGCAACUAUGACGAACGAUAAAGAUGAAAACACUAUCUCUGUAUGGAGAAAGAAAAAGGUGGGAGUCUGAUCUUCAAGGACUCUGAUAGGCUGUUAGUAUUUUUGUUUAGUUUUUUAUUAUUUUCUAUUUGCGUUAAAUGUGUUGUCAUGGGCGACGCUGAUAUGAACUAUUUAAAAGUAAUCUGUGAAAUUAAGGUAAUGCCAGUAUAACCCAUCCUCUGUCUCCAGUCUUCUCUAACUUUGUAUCCUGUAGUUGUGAAUUCUGGAUAUUUUCUCCACGAUCCUUAUUCUUAAGAACAUCAUACAUACAGUACGUGGUUUAUACACACAACAUGAUACUAACAUUGAAGUUUCCUUCACAUCCAUAAGAGGACUCACUUGUAUUAGUUGCAUCCUCUGGUCUGAACCCAGAUUUAGAACACCACACUUUCUUUCAUGCUCAUGUUUGACAAGAAAGACAUCAAAUCUCAGGAAAGUCAAACUAACACAAGGAAUAAGCCCAACAAACAUGCCGCUUUAUGCUUGUGACCUGUAACUGAAUGUUAAUAGAUAAAAAAGUUAUCAGUAGCAGCUUUAACUUAAAUGACCUUGUGGAGCCUCAAAGCCUUCUGAUAGUGUUUGGACCUCCAGGGUUUCAAAUUUUUCAAAUUCUAGACUCCAAAGUGAAAAUUAAUUGGACAUCCUUCUAAUCUUUAAAGAUCCCCUCCAGACAUGAAAAGUUCAUUUCUCUCAUUCGUAUCAGAUUUUCAGUGAGCACAGAGAAACUUUUCCACUUCAGUAGAUGAAUGUCAAAACAGCCUUGUAGAAUUAAACUCUGCACAUACAGCACAUCAUUCUGCAUAGUGAGGUUCAAAUAUCCAACUGAAGUAAUAAAAAGAAAAACAGUGGAGGGACUUUAAAAUAUAUAUAUUAAUAUACAGAUGUUUGACAUGUUUAGCAACUUACAAAAAAUACUGCAAAACCGUUAUACUAAAUUUGGAUUCAACACAGUCUUAAUGUAACCAGAUCCACUUUAUUCAGUAGAUCAGUCAUUUGCCUUUUAACGACAAGUGAACUUAUGACUGAAAUACUUUGAUGAUUCAUUAUUCUACUGAAUGUCUUCUACUAAAAUACUUCCCAACAGUUUCUUGCUUUCUAACUCAAUGAAGGAUCCAAGACCUGCAUGAAAUCCAGAGUUGUUUAUCCCCUCUAAGGAAUUAAAGACAAGUUGUUCCAGGGAUCUUACCAAAAAGGGGAGGAGGAUGUUUGCAGAAUUAGAGCAGGCUCUGUGCCACAGUGUUAUGCAGAGACAAGGUGAGGGUCAUAUCUGGUGAGCGUUAACAGACUUCAGAUCAUGACAUGAAAUGUGCUGAGCUGUCUGUGUAUCGCAGUUUUAUCUGGUGACUCUGUGUCUAUAAGGCUUACUGAGAAAAGGGGGAUGAGGAGGUUAAGUGAAUGUGAAAGAAUGACCAGUGUUCCAGUGUUUAUGUUAGAUUCCCUCUUGAUGGCUCAAGUAGAGUCUCUGAAACAGGAAUGACGUUUUGUAACAGUAGGAUUCAUAAAAAAUAGAAUUGACGUACAGUAUGAUCAGGCAGGGUGACAGGUUACAGGAUAAGACCAUUCCUUCUUUUCAGAAUGAACAUGAAGAUGAAACAGAACUGUCUGACUGUGUAGUUCACAAACUAUUUUGCCAUGAUUGAUACGGUAGCUAAUAUUCACAGUGUAGUCUGCAAUACAUCCACCUGCUCUAUUUAUAAUGAAUAUGACUAGCUUUCCUGCAGAGCAGAGUCUUUGCAGCAGAACUGAUGCAGGGCUAGUGUGGCAGUUUUUACUAGGACCAGCUUGAAAUAAAACAAAUCACUAAAAAUCCAGUCCCACAGCAGAACCUUGCUCAACAACUUUCCGGCGUUGACCAAAGUUGAACUUUGGAUUUCCUUCGCCUCCACAAGUGUGUCUGCUGAUCAUGAUGGUUCCACUGCAAUAUAUUGAUCUUGGUCCAAAAUGUAUCUGUUUUUAAUGCUGGUGUGACGGAGCCCUAACAAAACUCAGCCAGGAAUCUGCAGCUCUUUGGCUCUGCUUACUAUACUGAACUCAGAGCUCCAUUUCAGCUCAGACUCUGACAAAUGUUUGCUAAAACUCUUAAACUUCAAUGUGCAUCAGUUACGGCAGUAUUUGGGAAAAUUACAAUUUUGCUCAGUAAUUUUUCUGGGAGGGAAUCAUGAAGUUCACUCUAUAAUACCAGAGUCAAAUAAGUCUGCUUGGCUUUAGCAAACACUAAAGCUAAGCUAAGCAGGACCAAUUCAUAUAAUAUUGGCCAUUUUUGGUAGUCACUCCCUUUUUAAAGCUGUCAACAAUGACAUAUUACUGUUUAAUCUUAUGAUAAUACUCAAACGUCUAGUAGCCUUUUUUACAGUGUUUUUCUUAAUGAAUUGACUUAGUGAGAGGCGAGCCAGAGUUGAGCCGAUGCAUGGUGUUACUUUAUUUCCACAAGUGCACCCCCUGACUUCUGCCAUUAACUUGCGAUUGUGUGCCAGCUGAGGUCGGCAUGGUGAUGUGAUGACGUGCAUUGUUAAAAAUUGCCCGCUGAACACUUUGUCGUGACUUGAAUCAAAACACUUUUUGGCCAAAAUAAAUAGACAAAGCUCCCAACAGCUGACAGAAAAGUGAGAAUCACAGCCAAUAAUACAGUCAACUGUUUUCCAGGAAGCAAGAGGUUUGUCAAAGAUUUAAACUGCUGUGCUUAAAUGAAGUCAGCAGUUUUUGGUUUUUUUUUAUAUGAAGUACAUUGUUUUUUUUGUCUGGAGAAAGAUUACAGACUUUGGAUUCUUUUUCAGUAUCACCCUGCGUCACACGCUUAUCAUCUUGCUACAUGUGUGGAGUGAAGUGCUGUGGUCAAGGGCACCUCAUUAUUUUUGGCAUUUUAAUCUCCUGGUUUUGCCUCUGCACUGUAAAAAAUGAACAAGUUGAGAAAACUCAAAAUUCUGAGGCAACAAUGUUCGAUGAAACAAUUGAACUUCAUUAAAAGAUCCCAUCCAGUCAUGUUUUAAGACAUAUAAAAAUCAUCUGCUUGGAAUAAUAAGUUGUCUUACAUGAUUUUUCCACAACAAGAAAGAAGUUAUAUGUUUUUUUAAAAUAGCAUCUUGUCUCUCAAAUGUUUAACUGUCUUCUUCUUCACUGAAAAGUCCAUUCUCAGUAUAUGUACUCUGGAGGCUUCAAGUUUCCACAUCAUACUUGUGUACGUUGUAUACUGGACUGUGAUUGGCUCCAAACAAGUUGUGAUGUCACAUAUCAUGAUUGCCUUAAACUCAGAUUUUCAGUGAGCUCAGAGAAACGUUCCACUUUCAGC